AUGGCAAACACCAGCAGUCCGGCCCCAACAGGCCUCAUAUACGACAUCAACUCCAUCACUAAGAUCUUCACAUGGGCCCAAGGCAAGCGCGCAGAGAUCGAACGUGCCUUCAACAUGAAGGGCGGCUGGGAAGGCUGGCUGCAAGUCGAGCUCGCCCUGUGCCUGGAGGGGAAUCCAAGCUUAUUGGGCUUCUCGAGCGUCGAGACGGUGGAGCGGGAGCAGCACGUCUACAACAACGACCGUGACGCCGUGGACCUGCUCGUCGGGACCAGCCACGCGGUGCCGAACCGUCCCACGACCCGCACCCGGCACAUGAUCGAGCUCAAGUGUGAGAGCGUCAAUCAGGACUGCAGGCUCAACUCGUCAAAUCAGGUCGUGGUCCGUAACGCGUACCGGGGCCCGAACUCGACGGGGCAGCUUAUCCCGGCGUUUGCCAAGAGGAUGGAGGUGGAGGCCGGCCGGAUGAACAGCGUCACUGCGCAUUACAGGCCGUGCCAGUAUACGGUCAUUGGCAUCAGCGUCACGGAGGCGGCGCGCGAUUUCGUGAUGCAGGAGAAGGCUCGCGAUCCGUCGUAUUUCUCAUACCUGACGCCCCAGCAAGUUUUCGGCAACCGGGCGAGACCAAACGAUUACUUCGUGAUGUGGUUCAAAUCAGGAUACAUACCGUCCUAA